AUGAGCGACUUAUUCCGGGACCGACAGCGGACACUUUUCUCCCGAGAACCAACUGACAGCGACGCGACUCCGAUGAAUAGCGCAGACCUAAUACAGGGAGCGACCUUAAUAGGCGCGAUGCUGGCGUACCCGAUGUACGGAACUUUAAUAUGUCAAGUCUCAUCAUACUACAAACGAUUCCCGGACGACUUGCGGCAUCUCAAGGUUCUGGUCGCACUUAUACUCCUCACUUCAACCGUCGGGCUCGUCAUCAAUGUCAAUCUUAUAUGGUACUACUGCAUACAACGCGGGAUUGGGGUUGAUCCACAUAUUUUUCGUUUUUGCGAUCAUUGGACAAUAUCGGCGUUUUUUAUUCCGAAUGAAAUAACUUGUUUUCUUGCAGAAGCCCUAUUCCUUAAACGGAUGUGGGCAUUGUCGAGGAAGAGGUAUCCCACUAUUCUCGCGUUCGUCCCGUUUAUGCUUGGCUGGGUGUUUACGAUCGUAUACAUCCAGGGAAUGUUCCGUCACUGGUGUUAUCCUGAACUGCAACUUAACCAGGUCGUCCUUUCCUCCUUCCCCUUUCUCCCCAUUCUCCAACUAACCCCUCCUCUUCCACUGGCAGCCUUACCUCUUCAUAUGCUAUGGCUUCCGUUUCCUCUCAGAUGGCUUCAUCGCCGGAACGAUGUGCACCCUCCUCUACCAGCAAAUGUCAGACAUGCCAACCGAGAUCAAGAACAGACCGAAUUUCGUGAGGAUUGUGAAUUCGUUGGUGGUUUGGACGCUUUCUACUGGAUUGAUUAUGUGUUAUGCAUAUUGAUAUGGGUUGAUGUCAGGGUUUCGGCUGUUGCGUUCGUGCUUACGUAUAUCCUACUCCCGGACACAUACAUCGCGCUGGCUAUCUAUCUCGUCCGGGGGAACAUAUAUGCCAAUGCCGUUCUUGCACUAUUACAUGUGAGAACACGAUACCGAAGAGUAGCGGAUGAAGUGAUUUCGCUGCAUGUUCAAGUUCAGACGGUCAAUGGCGCCCGGGCCGGCAAUGGUGGAGAUUCUGAUGGGCUGACGAGGCGCUCACGAAGUUGA